AUGGCCUCAACGAGUACGAGUAGUCAAACAAGCACGUCCCCACAAUAUUCAAGCACCAGCAAUCCUAACAACUAUAAUCCAAUGAUAAGUACCAUUUUCGGCACAGAUAAAUCACCAUCGCUGGUAGUCGCAUUUCUGACGAUCGGGUUAUUUCUCGUGAUCAUGGCGGUCUUGUUUGGGUGGAGAAGGCUGCAUAGAGGGAGACUCUUGGUCCAACCUGCCAGGCCAGCUCGGGUUCGCCCAAGGAAAAAACCGACUGUGUUAGGAGAGAAACCCACGCUUUGGGAUAUGUGGACGAGAAGAGAAGAGGUGAUGAUCGAUUUAAAAUGGGAAAAUAUAACGCCUUUUUGCGCCAUGGUGUUCUGUCCUCCGCAAGAGACUCCUCGGCCGCCGGUCUUGACAAAAGUCACGGUUGAGCCUCAAAAUCCGCCACGUUCAUCGUUUGUGAUGACUCGGAUUUCUACUUUUGGACGGCACUUUCGACUUAUGAACCCUCCACCUGUGCUGCCACCAGAGCCACAGAUGCAUGAACUUGAUGAUGUAUCGGAACGGCCAGGGUCAAAGGUUCCCUCUCUGGAUGGUCCGUCCGUCGUGAUGGCAUUUACGAUUGCUAUGCCGUCGCCUAAUACCAGUGGGAAGCGUGGCAGUGACAACUCCCCAAGCUCCGAAGUGUCAGAUGGGGUAUCCACACCAAAGUGGCUUCAUGAUGUGACAGAGUUGGAAGAGUACUGCAUCGGGUCGGUGGAGGUGAAGAUAGACUCGGACGACAAGGAACAGAGUAUUUAUCACAGGAAGUUUUAG